AUGGCAAACUACUGCUUCCUCGUCCAGAAGCUGUCCGGAUUCUUCGCGGGUUGUGAGUUCCUCCAUAUCCCACACGCAGAAAAUGAGGCGGCUGACACGCUCGCCAAGAUCGCCUUGUCCCGGCAGUCCAUUCCGUCCGGCGUCUCCCUCGAGCAUCUGCACAAGUCGUCCGUCAAGCCGUCUCCGGACUCCGAAUCCAUCCAUGUCCCAGGCGACCCGGCCACGCCUCAACCCGGCCAGGGGACUGCUCUACCCGACCCGACCACGCCUCAAACCGGCCCGGGGACUGUCGAACCCGGCCCGGGGACUGUCGAACCCAGCCCGGGAACUGACGAACCCGGCUCGGGGACUGCCGAACCCAACCCGGGGGCUGCCGCCCCAGAACCCGAAAUGGUGGCCGUCUUCGCCAUGGUGACGGCACCAUCCUGGGCCCUGCCCAUCUCGGAGUUCCUGGAGAACGGGGUCCUCCCCAUGGACGAGACUGAAGCUCGGUAG